AUGGCUGGCAUCCUGGGUCGAGUUAAACCAUGGCUGAUUAACUGGUCGCACUCAACUUGCAUGCUGCUCCACCGAUGGUUGGCCCGGCUUUUCCUCUUGCAAACUCUUCUCCAUUCGAUCCUCGCGCUAGUUUUAUACCAGGACGAUGGCUCGUACGAGAAAACGGUUGGGACGCCAUUACGGAUCUGGGGUUGUGUUGGUACGGUUGCGGCCAUGAUCAUCGUGCUCGCGAGCGUUCUCGUCCUACGUCAACGGUCAUACGACCUAUUCCUCAUCACACAUAUUGUGAUGGCGGUUAUCUGCUUCACAGGCUGCUGGUACCACGUCCGGUACGACGGUGAGGGCACAUUUGGCUACGAGACUUGGCUGUAUGCCACGUUUGCCGGUUGGUUCUUCGAUCGACUCGCCCGCGUAGCGCGAAUCUUGAAGACGGGUGUUCGACACGCCAGGGUGACCAAUGUCAGCUCCGCAAUUGCUCGCGUCGACAGUUCAGGGAUUCGCUGGGCUGCACCCGGGCGAUGUGUCUAUGUGUACUUCCCGAGUCUCUGCCCUCUCCGGCCGUGGGAGAACCAUCCAUUUUCGAUGAGUCCAACAAUGGUGCUCACUGAACACAAUCACGGCAUCGAGCUGAAGCCGAAUCUUGUGAUGUCUUGGAAACAAAGCACCCGCUAG